CAACAAUUAUUGCCUGAUGAUACCCUUUUGAAGCAAAGAUGUGACUGCUGGAGGGCUUUGGCUCUCCUUCUCUUUCGACUGUCCUCGCAGCGCCCAACGAUGGCAGACUCUUGCGCCAACCCACUCCUAGCCAAAUGGCUCAAGGAGUGGAUGGACAAGGCGAAAGAGCAGAAUAGCAAGGGAUAUACUGUCUACAAAAAAGCCUACCAGUCCAUGAUUGCCUGUCCUAUGCGCUUUCAUCAUCCUUCCGAGGCUCAACAACUCAAUGGUCUAGGUCCCAAACUAUGCGAUCGCCUUGCCGAUAAGCUUAAAGCGCAUUGCGAGGAAAAUGGAAUGCCGAUGCCUGUCAAAGGCAAACAGAGAAAACGGCCAUCUGAGGCUCAAGGAGAAGAAUCUGCGCAGGAAGAACAAGAAUCUCCGAAGCGAAAAAGAAAGGCUCAACCAUAUGUACCUAAGUUGAGAUCGGGCGGAUAUGCUCUUAUCAUGGCAUUAUCUACCUUAGACCAAGAAAGCAACCAAGCAAUCUCCAAAGAGGAGCUCAAGAGACUGGCGCAGCCACAUUGCGAUGCUUCAUUUGACGUCCCUCCCGAUCCGAGCAAGUUCUAUACAGCGUGGCAAUCAAUAAAACUUCUCGAGAGCAAAGAGUUGGUCUGCACCAAAGGGCAUCCAAUUAAAAAGUAUUACCUGUCUGAUGAAGGUUGGGAAGUGGCACUACGGAUGAAUGCCACCGUGGAAGGGUGCACAAUACCAGUAUCCAAAUCGACAGACACGAAGAAGACAGCUUCUCGUCCAACGUCCCCAUCAAGAUCUUCUUCACUCAAGACUUCGCAAAAUGUCGGGCUUCCAAUCACUGCCAGACAAUCACCAUCGAGGCAACGUAUUGACACGGCAAAACCUCUGCGUAACGCAUCGACACGCGAUUCCAAUGUCAUAGACUUGCUCUCCAGUCCCGCACCAGAGGCGGGUGCAGGCUUCUCAGAGCUGGUUACUUCGGGUUUCAGGCCUCUGAAUGAUGAUAUUCGACCACUCAGCAAGGGCACCAAUUUGAAUGACACGGUCGUUCUGCCAGCAGGCAGUUUCGAGGUGAGAAUGGUGCUUGAUAUGAGAGAGAUUCGAUCGAGGACUGAUCGUGACUACAUCUCUUCCGAGUUGAAAAAGCAAGACGUUAACCCUAUCCUCACUGCAUUGCCGUUGGGAGAUGUUCUGUGGGUGGCAGUAGUCGAUCCUUCCCAUGCUGAAACCCUGAGACAGUUGAGCAUGGAGGAUAGAGACAAACCUGGUGAGUCAUGGAUUGUAUUAGAGCACAUUCUUGAGCGCAAACGUCUCGACGACCUGAUCGGCAGUAUCAAAGACGGGCGUUUCCGUGAGCAGAAAUUCCGUCUUCACAAGUCAGGCAUAAAAAACGUGGUGUACCUGGUCGAAGCAUACUCGCUGUCCUCAGAGAAGAGUGAAAAAUAUGGUGACGCAGUGGAGAGUGCUAUUGCAAGUAUGCAAGUGGUCGACGAUGUGUUUGUAAAGCAGACUGCGAAACUGGACGACACAAUUUCAUACCUUGCUCGCAUGACGAAGACCCUCAAGGGUUUGUACGAAAGGAAAGAUAUCCAUGUUAUUCCGACAGACACCUUCGAGGCAGAAGCCGCAUCGACCAUAUUGGAGCGACUGAGGAGCUUGUCACCACAAAAGACUUACGGAAUGACAUUCUCUCUUUUCGGUGCCAUGUGUGAUAAAUCGGACAGUAUGACACUGCGAGAUGUGUACCUCAAAAUGCUGAUGUGCACAAGAGGUGUGACUGGCGAGAAAGCGGUCGAGAUACAGAAGAUCUGGCCUACACCCAGGGCUUUAGCAGAGGCGUUCGAUACGAUGAAGACCAUCCCGGAAAAGGAGAAUAUGAUCAGUUCUCGACUCGCCAAUGCUAUUCCGAAGAAAAAAGUCGCAAAGGCACUUAGCGCAAAGAUCGCAGAGGUCUGGGGUUAAAGAGCUAUGGACAGCAACAAAGCCCCUACGUCAGGUCACCCGACAGUCGACAUUGUGCAGAACAUCAUGACUUAUGAGUAUAUGAAAGAUUAAUCGACCAGGCCCCUUCAGCCUGGUAUGUGUUGGAUUAUAGGACACAGACGCUGCUGGUCACAUUCAGCGAUGAUGAAAUGAGACAAUCUGUAUGAUUUUGAAUAAAGUGUGGCUUAGUUGGGUGUAUUGUAUCUUGGCCCCCAAUAUGUACGAGUACGAGGACCGAGUAUCCUGG